AUGCAAGGUUCUGCACUUGAAUGUGACAGUCAACACUUCCGCUGUGGAAAUGGGCGUUGUAUACCUGUAACCUGGAGGUGUGAUAGGACCGGAGACUGUAUCGAUAACACAGAUGAAAUUGGCUGCCCUCACCAACCUUGCCAGACAGGCCAUUUCCAGUGUAAUACUAGUGGGGCAUGCAUCCCUCAGUCCUGGGUGUGUGACGAGGAGAUGGACUGUGAAGAUGGCUCAGAUGAACAUCAGCAGUGCCCUGGGAGGACAUGCUCAAGCCAUCAGAUAACAUGUUCCGACGGGCAGUGUAUCCCAAACGAAUACAGGUGCGACCGUGUCAAAGACUGCUCAGACGAAGCUGACGAGAAAGACUGCCAUUACCCAACAUGUGAGCAGUUGACUUGUGCCAAUGGAGCCUGCUAUAAUACUAGUGAGAAGUGUGAUGGGAAAAUUGAUUGCAGGGACAACUCCGAUGAAGUCAACUGCACUCACGUAUGUGAUCACUCCUAUUUUCAAUGCAACAAUGGAGAGUGUGUUCCUCAAUCAUUUGUCUGUGACCGUAGCAAUGACUGUGGAGACAACAGCGAUGAACAUUCUUGCGCCAACGUAAGCUGCAAAAGCAACCAGUUCACUUGUCCAAAUGGCAAUUGCAUUCAUGAAAGCUGGGUUUGUGAUGGAGAAAAUGACUGUGAUGAUAAUGGAGAUGAAGAUGGAUGCGAAAGCAGUGAUCAGUAUCAUCGUAAAUGUUACCCAAGAGAAUGGGCUUGUCCAGAGUCUGGACAAUGCAUCCCAAUUGAAAAACUUUGUGAUGGGACUCCAGAUUGCCCAGCAGGAGAAGAUGAAACCAAUAUUACUGCAGGAAGAAAUUGUGGUGUGUCUAUGUGUCCCAUCUUGAGCUGUCAGUACAACUGCUACAAGUCGCCAUCUGGAGGGGUGUGUUAUUGUCCCGAAGGUUAUAUCAUCAACAGCAAUGAUUCUCGUACUUGUGUUGAUUUUGAUGAUUGCCAGAUAUGGGGGAUUUGUGCCCAGAUGUGUGAAGACCGCAUUGGCCAUCACCAGUGCCACUGUGCAGAAGGGUAUGUCUUGGAGCAUCAACGGCACUGCAAAGCUAGCACUUCCUCUGGCGAGGCCUCUGUUAUCUUCUCCAAUGGUCGGGAUUUGCUAAUUGGUGACAUUCAUGGAAGGAGCUUCCAGAUCCUCGUAGAGUCUCAGCACCGGGGAGUGGCUGUGGGUGUGGAUUUUCACUAUGACCUGCACAGGGUCUUUUGGACAGACGUCAUGCAAGAUAAGGUUUUUUCAGUUGACAUUAAUAGUUUAGAUAUCCAAGAAGUUCUCAAUGUUUCUGUUGACGCAGCAGAGAAUUUGGCUGUGGACUGGAUUAAUAAUAAACUUUAUGUGGUGGAGACCAAGGUCAACCGCAUAGAUUUGGUAAAUUUGGAUGGAAGUGAUCGGGUUACCCUUAUCACUGAAAACUUGGGGCAUCCUAGAGGAAUCGCUGUAGACCCAACUAUUGGUUAUUUAUUUUUCUCAGAUUGGGAGAAUCUUUCCGGGGAGCCUACAGUGGAAAGGGCUUUCAUGGAUGGCAGUGCCCGUAAAAAUUUGGUAAAAUCAAAGCUGGGAUGGCCUGCUGGGAUAACUCUGGAUAUAGUAUCAAAGCGUGUUUACUGGGUUGACUCCCGGUUUGAUUACAUUGAGACUGUAACUUAUGAUGGACUUCAAAGGAGGACAGUAGUUCAUGGAGGCUUGCUCAUUCCUCAUCCCUAUGGAAUAAGCGUGUUUGAAGAGCAGUUGUUCUUUACUGAUUGGACAAAGAUGGCUGUAAUGAAGGCGAAUAAGUUCACAGAAACCAACCCACAAGUAUACUACCAGUCCACCCUGAGACCUUAUGGAGUAACUGUUUACCAUUCCCUCAGACAGCGCAGAGCUGUAAAUCCUUGUGGAAAUAACAAUGGAGGUUGUGAACAGGUCUGUGUCAUCAGCCACAUAUUAGAUAAUGACGGUUUGGGUUACCGCUGCAAGUGCACCCUUGGCUUCGACCUGGCUGACGACAACCACCACUGUGUUGCUGUUAAGAAGUUCCUACUCUUUUCAUCCCAAGUGGCCAUUCGCGGGAUCCCGCCUGUCCUCACUUCCCAGAAAGAUGUCAUGGUUCCAGUCACGAGAAGUCAUUCUUUCUUUGUUGGGGUUGAUUUUUGGGCCCAAGAGAAAACUAUCUUUUUUUCAGAUACAGCACAAGAUACGAUUUGUAGACAAAAUAUUGAUGGCACAGGAAGAGAAAUUCUCACAGCUAACAGGGUGGAAAAUGUUGAAGGUUUGACUUUUGACUGGAUUUCAAAGAAUCUCUAUUGGACAGAGGCUUCUUACAGGUCUGUUAGUGUCAUGAGAAUAGCUGAUAAAUCGAGACGAGAAAUAGUCCAGAAUUUAAAUAACCCACGAUCAAUUGUAGUUCAUCCUAUCAUGGGGUAUAUAUUCUGGACUGAUUGGUUCCGUCCCGCUAAAAUUAUGAGAGCAUGGAGUGAUGGAUCUCAUGCUUUGCCUAUAGUAAACACUACUCUUGGAUGGCCCAACGGGUUGGCCAUAGAUUGGAGUGCUUUACGAUUAUACUGGGUAGAUGCCUUUUUUGACAAAAUUGAGCACAGCACUUUUGAUGGUUUAGAUAGAAGAACCCUGAGCAAUAUAGAACAGAUGACACAUCCAUUUGGACUUACCAUCUUGGGAGAGUAUGUAUUUUUUACCGACUGGAGACUGGGUGCUAUUGUUCGAGUUAGGAAAACUGAUGGUGGGGCAAUGACCAUUAUCAGAGAAUUCAUCAGUAACAUAAUGCACGUGAAAUCGUAUGAUGCUGACAUCCAGACCGGUUCCAAUUACUGCAGUCGACCCACCAACCCUAAUGGCGACUGCAGCCACUUCUGCUUUCCGGUGCCAAAUUUCCAACGGGUUUGUGGUUGCCCUUAUGGAAUGAGCCUGAGCUCUGAUCACGUGACGUGCGUGGAAGACCCGGUUCAUGAACCACCAAUGGAGCAGUGUGGCAUAUAUUCCUUCCCCUGUAAUAAUGGCAGAUGUGUGCCCAAUCACUACCACUGUGAUGGAAUUGAUGACUGCCACGAUAACAGUGAUGAACACCAAUGUGGCACAUUUAAUAAUACCUGUGCACCUUCAGCAUUCAGUUGUGCCAAUGGGCAAUGCAUCCCUUCAGUCUGGCACUGUGACAAGCACAAUGACUGUGAGGAUGGCAGCGAUGAACAGAACUGCCCCACUCAAAGACCUGUUUCCUGUGCUGAGAACCAGUACACCUGUGAUAAUAACCUGUGUAUCCCAAAAAGCUGGGUCUGUGACACAGAUAAUGAUUGUGGGGAUGGAUCUGAUGAAAAGUACUGUGGAUCUAUAGAGACAUGCCACGUUACUCAGUUUCAGUGUGUGGACCAUCAUCGAUGUAUUGACCUAACUUUUGUCUGUGAUGGGGACAAGGACUGUGUUGAUGGAUCUGAUGAGGCUGAUUGUGUAUUUAACUGCACUGCUUAUCAGUUCAUGUGUGCGAGUGGGGAUCAGUGUAUUAACAACAUAUACGUUUGUGAUGGUGUUUUUGACUGCAAUGACCACUCUGAUGAGAGAGGCUGUCCAACCAGGCCUCCUGGUAUAUGCCACCCAGAUGAAUUUCAGUGCCAAGCAGAUGGUGCCUGCAUCCCGGAGACCUGGGAGUGUGAUGGGCAUCCAGACUGCAUCCAUGGAUCUGAUGAGCACUCUGGCUGCCUUCCCAAGACCUGCCCUCCAACUCAUUUCCUCUGUGACAAUGGAAACUGCAUCUUCAAAUCAUGGCUCUGUGAUGGGGACAAUGACUGCAGGGAUAUGAGUGAUGAGAGGGACUGCGCUACUCAGGCUUUUCAUUGCCCCAGUUGGCAAUGGCAGUGCCCCGGCCUUAGCAUCUGUGUGAAUCUGAGUGCGGUGUGUGAUUCUACCCGUGACUGCCCCAAUGGGGCAGACGAGUCCCCCGUUUGCAACCAAGAGAGCUGCUCAGAGAAUAAUGCUGGUUGUACUCAUCAGUGUAUUCAAGGUCCCUUUGGGGCUGAAUGCCUCUGUCCAUUGGGAUUCCUACUUGGCAAUGAUUCUAAGACCUGUGAGGACAUCAAUGAAUGUGAUUUUCCAGGCUUUUGUAGCCAGCACUGUCACAAUGUGAGAGGUUCAUUCCGGUGCUGGUGUGAUGCAGGCUACAUAUUAGAAGGUGAUGGGAGGACUUGCAGAGCUCAAGCACUUGACAGUCUGCUGUUAUUGGUGGCAAGUCAGAACAAAAUCGUUGCUGACAAUAUCACUUCCCAGAUCCACAAUAUCUAUUCACUGGUCCAAAAUGGUUCUCACAUUGUAGCUAUUGAUUUCGAUUCAAUCAGUGGGCGUAUAUUUUGGUCUGACGUAAUUCAGGACAAAAUCUGGAGCGCAUUUCAAAAUGGAACAGACAGAAAAGUAAUAAUUGACAGUGGUAUCACCAUGACGGAAAGUAUUGCAAUAGAUUGGGUAGGUCGCAAUCUAUACUGGACAGACUAUGCUCUGGAAACAAUUGAAGUCUCUAAAAUGGAUGGGAGCCACAGGACUGUGCUGAUUAGUGAAAAUGUAACAAAUCCAAGAGGACUAGCAUUAGAUCCCAGAAUUGAUGACCAUCUAUUGUUCUGGUCUGACUGGGGCCAUCACCCUCGUAUUGAACGAGCCAGCAUGGAUGGCAGUAUGCGCACUGUCAUUGUCCAGGACAAGGUCUUCUGGCCCAAUGGCUUAACCAUUGACUAUAGCAAUAGACUGAUCUAUUUCACGGAUGCUUAUCUUGAUUACAUAGACUUUUGUGAUUACAAUGGAUAUCAUCGGAGGCAGGUGAUAGCCAGUGAUUUGAUCCUGCGGCAUCCCCAUGCCAUAACUCUCUUUGAAGAUUCCAUGUACUGGACUGACCGCUAUACUCAUCGAGUUAUGCAAGCCAACAAGUGGCAUGGGGGGAACCAGUCAGUCGUAAUUUAUAAUAUUCACCAGCCCCUUGGAAUUGCUGCAGUUCACCCUGUGAAACAGCCACCUAGUAUAAAUUCAUGUGCUUCUUCCCCCUGCAGCCAUCUAUGCCUGCUUUCUUCGCAGGGGCCAAACUUUUACUCUUGUACGUGUCCUUCAGGAUGGCUUUCCUCUCUUGAGUCUGUGAAUUGCUUGAGAGAUGAAAAACCUUUCUUAAUAACUGUAAGACAGCAUGUAAUUUUUGGGAUCUCCCUUAAUCCUGAGCAGAAGAGCAAUGAUGCUAUGGUUCCCAUAGCAGGGCUACAGAACGGUUAUGAUGUUGACUUUGACGAUUCAGAGCAAUUCAUCUAUUGGGUUGAGCAUCCAGGUGAAAUUCACAGAGUGAAGACAGAUGGCACCAACAGGAUGGUGUUUGUCCCUGCAUCUAUUGUGGGAUCUCCUGUAAGCUUGGCCUUGGAUUGGAUAUCAAGAAACCUUUAUUAUACCAACCCUGCAACUCAGUCAAUUGAGGUUUUGACUCUCAGGGGAGAUCAGAGAUACAGGAAAACACUGAUUACCAAUGAUGGGACAGCUACUGGAGUUGGUCUUCCAAUCGCCAUAACUAUUGAUCCUGCUCGUGGGAAACUGUACUGGACAGACCAAGGAACUGACAGUGGGGUUCCUGCCAAGAUUGCAAGUGCUAACAUGGAUGGCACAUUUUCAAAAAUUCUUUUCACUGGGAACCUUGACCACCUGGAGUUCAUCACUCUUGACAUCAAAGAGCAGAAACUCUACUGGGCAGUCACCAGCACGGGAGUGAUUGAAAGAGGAAAUGUGGACGGUACAAAUCGAAUGAUCCUGGUAUAUCACCUUUCCCAUCCUUGGGGAAUUGCUGUCUAUGAUUCCUUCCUUUAUUAUUCUGAUAAAGACUAUGAGGUCAUUGAACGAGUUGACAAGGCAACUGGGGCCAACAAAGUAGUCUUGAGAGACAAUGUUCCAAAUCUGAGGUGCCUUCGAGUUUAUCACAGGCAUGAUUCUGCUGAUUCCUCAAAUGGCUGUAGCAACAACAUGAAUGCCUGUCAGCAGAUUUGCCUGCCUGUACCAGGAGGGCUGUUCUCCUGCGCCUGUGCCACUGGAUUUAAACUCAAUCUUGAUAAUCGGACCUGUUCUCAGUAUAGCUCUUUCAUUGUUGUUUCAAUGCUGUCUGCAAUCAAAGGCUUUAGCUUGGAAUUGUCAGAUCACUCACAGGCCAUGGUUCCAGUGGCAGGCCGAGGACGAAAUGCACUCCAUGUGGAUGUUGAUGUGUCUUCUGGCUUUAUUUAUUGGUGUGAUUUCAACAGCUCUGUGGCAUCUCAGAAUGCAAUCCGUAGAGUCAAACCAGAUGGGUCUCAUUUUACAAAUAUUGUUACAAAUGGGAUAGGACAAAAUGGUGUCCGGGGUAUUGCAUUGGAUUGGGUAGCAGGAAAUCUUUAUUUUACCAAUGCUUUUGUGUCUGAAACACUGAUAGAAGUUCUGAGAAUCAAUACUACCUACCGCCGUAUUCUCCUUAAAGCCACAGUGGAUAUGCCCAGGGACAUUGUUGUAGAUCCCAAGAACAGAUAUCUUUUCUGGGCCGACUACGGGCAGAGGCCAAAGAUUGAACGUGCCUUUCUUGACUGUACCAAUCGAACUGUGCUUGUAUCAGAAGGCAUUGUCACACCUCGGGGCUUGGCAGUGGACCAUUACAAUAGCUAUAUUUAUUGGGUUGAUGAUUCUUUAGAUAUGAUCACAAGGACCCAUAUUAUUAGUGGUGAAUCUGAAGUGAUUCGUGUUGGUGGUCGUUACCCAACUCCUUAUGGUAUCACUGUUUUUGGAAAUUCUAUCAUAUGGGUAGAUAGGAAUUUGAAAAAAAUCCUCCAGGCUAGCAAAGAACCAGGGAACACAGAACCACCAACAGUGAUAAGGGACAAUCUCGAUUGGCUAAGAGAUGUGACCAUAUUUGACCAGCAGGUCCAGCCCCGGUCACCAGCAGAGGUCAAUAACAACCCUUGCAUGGAAAGUAAUGGUGGGUGCUCCCAUCUCUGCUUUGCUCUGCCUGGAUUGCAGACUCCAAAAUGUGGCUGUGCCUUUGGGACUGUGGAAAGUAAUGGCAAGAGCUGUGCCCUUUCAACCGAAAAUGUUCUCAUCUUUGCCUUGGAAAAUUCAUUAAGAAGCUUGCAGUUGGACCCUGAAAACCACAGCCCACCUUUCCGUGCAAUAAAUGUGGAAAGAAUUGCUGUGGCCCUGGACUAUGACAGCAUAAAUAAUAGAAUCUACUUCACACAAACUUCAGAAUCUGGACGUGGCCGGAUUUCCUAUGUUAACCUGUACUCAGGGAAUAGUUCUUCAACAGUCAUUGCUUCAGAUAUCGGGUCUGCUGAGGGCAUUGCCUUUGACUGGAUCAAUAACAGAAUUUAUUACAGUGACUACGUCAACCAGACAAUUAACUCCAUGGCCGUUGAUGGUUCUAAUCGCACUGUGAUAGCUCGUGUUUUAAGACCAAGAGCAGUUGUGUUAGAUCCUUGCCGAGGGUACAUGUACUGGACUGACUGGAGUACUAAUGCCAAAAUUGAGAGAGCCACACUGGGAGGAAACUUCCGGGUAUCCAUUGUGAACAGCAGCUUGGUCUGGCCCAAUGGGCUCACUCUAGACUAUGAGGAGGAGCUUCUCUACUGGGCAGAUGCCAGCCUGCAGCGAAUUGAACGCAGCUCUCUAACAGGCAUGGACCGUGAGGUCGUUGUCAGCACAACCUUACAUCCUUUUUCCAUGACUGUCUACGGCCAGUAUAUUUACUGGACUGACUGGUACACAAAGUCAGUUUACCGAGCUAACAAAUAUGAUGGGUCAGGUCAGAUUGUAAUGAUCACCAAUUUACCCACUCCUCCCAUGGGUAUUCUCAUUUCUGGAAAGAGCGAGCAACGUCAAUGUGGCAGUCCUUGCAGUCAGUUUAAUGGGGGCUGCAGCCACAUCUGUGCACCCGGUCCAAAUGGUGCUGAGUGCCAGUGUCCAGCUGAGGGCCGUUGGUAUCUGGCCAACAACAAUAAGCACUGCAUUGUGGACAAUGGUACCCGGUGUAGUGGGAACGAGUUCACCUGCCUCAAUGGGCGCUGCAUCCCGGAGGAGUGGAAAUGUGACAAUGACCCUGAGUGUGGUGAUGGCAGUGAUGAGCUGGAAAGUGUCUGUGCUUUUCACACCUGCCCAUGGACAGCCUUCACCUGUGCCAAUGGGCGGUGUGUCCAGUACCGUUUCCGCUGUGACCACUACAAUGACUGUGGUGACAACAGUGAUGAAGCAGGCUGUCUGUUCAGGCCCUGUAACACCAGCACAGAAUUUGCUUGCAAUAAUGGAAGGUGCAUAUCGCUUGAGUAUGUCUGCAAUGGUAUAAACAACUGCCACGAUAAUGACACUUCAGAUGAGAGAAACUGCCCUGAUCGAACUUGCCAGCCUGGAUACACAAAAUGUCAGAAUACAAACAUUUGCAUUCCUCGCACUUACUUGUGUGAUGGAGACAAUGACUGUGGAGAUAUGAGUGAUGAAAGUGCCACUUACUGCGCUGCUAACACAUGCACCGACACUGAGUUCCUGUGCGGGACUGGGCGAUGCAUUCCUUCUCGAUGGUACUGUGAUCAAGACCAAGAUUGUGGUGAUGGCUCUGAUGAACCUGCCUCUUGUGUGUUCUAUGAGCGAACAUGCUCCAGUGAACAGUUCAUGUGUGAUGAUGGAAGGUGCAUCUUAAGAAACUGGAUCUGUGAUGGUGAUAAUGACUGUGGGGACAUGAGUGAUGAGGAUGAAAGACAUCACUGUGAGAAUCAUACCUGCGCAAGUUAUGAGUUUUUCUGUGUAAACAGUGUCCCUCCCUCCAGGAGGUGUAUUCCCCAAGCUUGGGUGUGUGAUGGCGAUGCAGACUGCAGUGAUGCCUAUGAUGAACAUCAGAAUUGCACCAGGAGAUCUUGCUCUGCAAAUGAAUUCACCUGUAAUAAUGGCCUCUGUAUCCGGAACUCGUACAGGUGUGACCGGCGCAAUGACUGUGGUGACUACAGUGAUGAGAGGAACUGCACUUACCCGCCUUGCACUGAUUAUCAGUUUACCUGUCAGAACGGGCUCUGCAUUCCAAAGGGCUACAUCUGUGAUGGGGACAAUGACUGUGAAGAUGAAUCUGAUGAGCUGGAGCACUUGUGCCGGACCCCAGAACCCACAUGCCCCCCUCAUGAGUUCAAGUGUGACAAUGGGAACUGCAUUGAACUGGUGAAAAUCUGCAACCGCCUAGACGACUGUUCCGACAACAGUGAUGAGAGAGGGUGUGGCAUUAAUGAGUGCAAUGACCCUUCAAUCAGUGGCUGCGAUCAGAACUGCACAGACACCCAAACCAGUUUCUAUUGUUCUUGUCGUCCUGGUUACAAGCUUAUGUCUGACAAGCGGAGUUGUGAUGAUAUUGAUGAAUGCAAGGAGACGCCCUCUGUCUGUAGCCAGAAGUGUGAGAACACAAUGGGCUCCUACAUCUGUAAAUGUGCCCCAGGCUAUAUUCGUGAGCCAGAUGGAAAGAGCUGUCGGCAGAAUAGUAACAUCACACCCUAUCUCAUUUUUAGCAACCGUUACUAUUUGAGAAAGCUAGCUAUAGAUGGCGAGUAUUACUCUAUCAUUUUACAAGGACUAGGCAAUGUUGUGGCACUUGAUUUUGACCGAGUAGAAAACAGAUUGUACUGGGCUGAUGUACAGAGGAAAGUCAUUGAGAGAAUGUUUCUGAAUACGACAAAUCGAGAGACAGUCAUAAACCACGAUCUACCAGCUGUAGAAGGUCUGGCUGUAGAUUGGGUUACCAGAAAGCUCUAUUGGUUGGAUGCUGGACUGGAUGGCCUCUUUGUCUCUGAUCUCAAUGGUCGAUUCCGCCGCAAGCUGGCUGAGCACUGUGUGGAUGUGAACAACACCUUCUGCUUUGAAAAUCCCAGGGGAAUCGUGCUUCACCCACGAUAUGGGCACGUCUACUGGACAGACUGGGGUCACCGGGCAUACAUUGGGAGAAUUGGCAUGGAUGGAACCAAUAAGUCUGUGAUUAUCUCUACCAAGAUAGAGUGGCCCAAUGGCAUCACCAUUGACUACACCAAUGAUAGACUGUACUGGGCAGAUGCACACCUGGGUUAUAUCGAGUACUCUGAUUUGGAGGGCCACCAUCGGCACACAGUGUAUGAUGGGACACUGCCACACCCCUUUGCUAUUACUAUUUUUGAAGACACUAUUUAUUGGACAGAUUGGAAUACGCGGUCAGUUGAAAAGGGAAACAAAUAUGAUGGAUCAAAUAAGAUGGAGCUCAUGAACAUAACACAUAGACCAUUUGACAUCCACGUGUAUCAUCCAUACAGGCAGCCGGUUGUGGACAAUCCUUGUGGUGUCAACAAUGGUGGCUGUUCUCAUCUCUGCCUCAUCAAAGAGGGAGGCCAAGGAUUCACCUGCGAAUGUCCAGACCACUUCAUGACCCUCCGUCUCGGUGGGACUACCCGCUGCCUACCCAUGUGCUCCAGCACCCAGUUUUUAUGUGCUGACAGUGAAAGGUGCAUUCCUAUCUGGUGGAAAUGUGAUGGACAGAGAGACUGUGCAGAUGGCUCCGAUGAACCGGCCCUUUGUCCACCACGCUACUGUCGUUUGGGACAGUUCCAGUGCAGUGAUGGCAAUUGCACCAGCUCACACUUUUUAUGCAACAGUCACCAAGACUGCCCUGAUGGGUCUGAUGAAGACCGUAUUCUUUGUGAGAAUCACCGGUGUGCAUCCAAUGAAUGGCAGUGUGCCAACAAACGUUGUAUCCCAGAAUCCUGGCAGUGUGAUUCGGAGAAUGACUGCUUGGAUAACUCAGAUGAAGACAGUUCCCACUGUACCACCAGGACCUGCCUCCCGGGCCAGUUUAGGUGUGAUAAUGGCCGCUGCAUCCCCCAGUCUUGGAAGUGUGAUCAUGACAAUGACUGUGGAGACUACUCAGAUGAGCCCAUCCAGGAAUGCAUGGGGUCUGCGUAUCGCUGUGAUAACCAUACGGAUUUCAGCUGUAAAACCAACUACCGCUGCGUCCCACAGUGGACAGUGUGCGAUGGUGUUGAUGACUGUAGGGAUAACAGUGACGAGGAAGGCUGUGAGGAGAUGACGUGCAAUCCUUUGGGGGAUUUCCGCUGCAAUAAUCACUACUGCAUCCCUCUUCGCUGGAGAUGUGAUGGUGAAAAUGACUGUGGAGAUCACUCAGAUGAGGAGAACUGUGUUCCCCGGGAGUGCACGGAGAGUGAGUUUCGAUGUGACAAUCAGCGCUGCAUUCCCUCUCGAUGGAUCUGUGACCAUGACAAUGACUGUGAGGACAACUCAGAUGAGCGAGACUGCGAGCUGAAAACCUGCCAUCCUGGAUAUUUUCAGUGUGGAAGUGGACAUUGUGUACCUGAGCAAAUGAAAUGUGAUGGAAUUGCUGACUGUCUCGAUGCCUCUGAUGAAGCCACUUGUCCCACCCGCUUUCCCAAUGGUGCAUACUGUGCAGCUACUAUGUUCGAAUGUAAAAACCAUGUUUGUAUCCAGCCAGUUUGGAAAUGUGAUGGUGAUGAUGACUGUGGCGAUGGUUCUGAUGAAGAACUUCACCUGUGCAUUAAUGUUCCCUGUGACUCACUAUCCCGUUUCCGUUGUGACAACAAUCGAUGCAUUUACAGACACAAGCUGUGCAACCAUGUGGAUGACUGUGGAGAUGGAAGUGAUGAGAGGGAGGAGCAGUGUAGGGCUCCAACCCCUAGACCUUGUACAGAAGAUGAAUUUAAGUGUGGCAGUGGACAUUGUAUCCCACGGCACUAUGUAUGUGAUAAUGUCGAUGACUGUGGUGACCAUUUUGAUGAAACAGGUUGCAAUUUAGGAGAACAAAGAUCAUGUGCUGAAAAUCUGUGUCAACAUAAUUGUACCCAGUUAAAUGAAGGAGGAUUUAUCUGCACCUGUAGACCUGGGUACAAAGCGGGUACUUCGAACAGAAACUUAUGUCAAGACAUCAAUGAAUGUGAGCAGUUUGGGACUUGUCCCCAGGACUGUCAUAACACCAAAGGAAGUUAUGAAUGUGCUUGUGUGGAGGGAUUCACGUCUAUGGGUGAGCCCUACGGAAAACGAUGUGCAGCUGACGGUAAUCCUCCUUUGUUGCUACUGCCUGACAACAUUAGAAUUCGGAAAUAUAAUCUUUCAUCUGAGAAAUUCUCAGAUUAUCUUGAAGAUGAGGAGCAUAUUCAAGCUAUUGAUUAUGAUUGGGAUCCGGAGGGCAUAGGCCUCAGUGUCGUGUAUUACUCUGUGCUAGGCGAGGGCUCUAAUUUCGGUUCAAUCAAACGUGCCUAUAUCCCCAACUUUGAAACUGGUGGCAAUAAUCUCGUGCAGGUAGUUGACCUGAACCUGAAAUACAUAGUACAGCCAGAUGGAUUAGCAGUGGACUGGGUUGGAAGGCAUAUUUACUGGUCAGAUGCCAGGACGAAACGGAUUGAGGUGGCUAAGCUUGAUGGAAGGUACAGAAAGUGGCUCAUUUUCAGCCUACUAGAUCAACCAGCUGCAAUUGUUGUGAAUCCCAAACUAGGGCUUAUGUACUGGACUGACUGGGGAAGAGAGUCUAAAAUCGAGUGUUCCUGGAUGGAUGGGCAGCAUCGGCAAAUCUUGGUUUCUGAGAACCUUGGUUGGCCAACAGGCCUUACCAUUGAUUAUUUGAACAAUGACCGAAUCUACUGGAGUGAUUCCAAGGAGAACGUUGUUGAAUCCAUAAAAUAUGAUGGAACUGACAGGAGAGUCAUUUCAAAUGAAGCAAGGAGCCCUUAUAGCCUGGAUGUCUUCGAAGGACAGAUAUACUGGACAUCGAAGGAAAGGGGAGAAGUAUGGAAGGAAGAUAAAUUUGGGAAUGGAGAUAGAGUGAAAGUGCUGACAGUGAGCCCUUGGCUCACUCAAGUUCGAAUCUUUCAUCAACACAGACACAAUCAGUCAGUGCCCAACCCCUGUAAAGAUGUCUGCAGUCACCUCUGCCUACUGAGACCUGGAGGAUACAGCUGUGCCUGUCCCCAAGGUUCCAGCUUUAUGCAGGGGAGUGUCACUCAGUGUGAUGCAGCCAUCGAAUCUCUUAUCACCAUGCCCCCCGCAUGCAGGUGUAUGUUCGGAGGAACUUGCUAUUUUGAUGAGAAUAACCUCCCCAAAUGCAAGUGUCCUAGUGACUACACUGGAAGCUACUGUGAAAUAGGAUUUUCAAAAGGCAUUCCUCCAGGAACAACAGCAGUGGCAGCACUGUUGACAGUCAUCUUUGUCAUCAUAAUUGGAGCUUUGGCGAUUGGAGGAUUUUUCCACUAUAGGAGAACCGGCUCCCUUUUACCUUCUCUGCCCAAGUUGCCAAGCUUAAGUAGUCUCGUCAAAUCGUCUGAACAUGGAAAUGGGGUGACCUUCAGAUCAGGGACGGAUGUUACCAUGGAUAUUGGAGUAUCUAGUUUUGGGCCUGAGUCUGCUAUUGACAGAUCAGUGGCGAUGAGUGAACACUUUGACAUGGAGAUAGGCAAGCAACCUAUAAUAUUUGAAAACCCAAUAUACUCAUCCAGAGACAAUGCUGUCAACAUGGUUCAGCCAACCCAAGUGACUGAAUCUGGAAGUGGGGUUAACAAGAGUUAUGAAAGUUCCAUAAGCCCAUCUCAGAUAGCUCCAGAGACAAAGGAGACUUCCUCAAGUGCUAAUGGAACUCAGGCAACAAAAUGGAAUUUCUUCAAAAGAAAACUGAAACAAACCACCAACUUCGAAAAUCCAAUCUAUGCGGAGAUGGAGACAGAGCAAAAGGACAGUGCUACUGAGGCCCCACCUCCAUCACCUACUCUCCCUGCUGAAGUCCCUCCAAGAAGAGACCCAACUCCAGUCUAUACUGCAACAGAGGACACUUUUAAAGACACUGCUAACCUUGUUAGAGAGGACUCUGAGGUAUAG